GACUGGAGGACUGGAAGCAAGGGGGGUGAAAGUUCACCAGCAUGGCUCUACAGUAUCAGGUGACAAUGUGGGAAAGUUGGACACAAGCAGCGGCUUAAGUCCGAAGCAAAAACAGGGCGACAAGCAGCAGGAGAGGGCAUGACGAGUGAGAGGGCUUCAGCAGUGAGCGGGGAGCAGGAGGAGGACUCCGCGCUGAGAUAUUACGACGACGACGAAGACGAGCUGGAGGCGUUUUCAGACGGCGAGCUGGGCUGUGAGGACGGAGUGCUGGGCUUCAGUGACUCUCUGAAUGGAGAGGUCAAACCUCGAAUACUGCUGAUGGGCCUGAGGAGGAGUGGGAAGUCUUCCAUCCAGAAGGUGGUUUUCCACAAAAUGUCUCCCAAUGAGACCCUGUUCCUAGAAAGCACCAACAAGAUCUGCAGAGAGGACGUCUCCAGCAGCUCCUUUGUCAGCUUCCAGAUCUGGGACUUCCCGGGCCAGAUCGACUUCUUCGACCCCACCUUUGAUUAUGAAAUGAUCUUCAGAGGCACCGGAGCGCUAAUCUUUGUCAUCGACUCGCAGGAUGACUAUGUGGAGGCUCUGAGUAGACUGCAUCUCACCGUGACCAGGGCCUACGAAGUCAACCCCGAAAUCAACUUCGAGGUGUUCAUUCACAAAGUGGACGGCCUGUCCGAUGACCAUAAGAUCGAGAAGCAGCGGGACAUUCACAAGCGAGCCAACGAUGACCUUGCAGAUGCCGGCCUGGAACGAAUUCACCUGAGCUUCUAUUUAACCAGUAUAUACGAUCACUCCAUAUUCGAGGCUUUCAGUAAGGUGGUCCAGAAACUCAUUCCACAGCUGCCCACACUGGAGAACCUGCUCAACAUCUUCAUAUCUAACUCAGGUAUUGAGAAGGCCUUCCUGUUCGAUGUGGUCAGUAAGAUUUACAUCGCCACAGACAGCAGUCCAGUGGAUAUGCAGACCUAUGAACUGUGCUGUGACAUGAUCGAUGUGGUCAUUGACAUCUCCUGCAUCUAUGGUUUGAUGGACAGUGAAGCGGGUUUACCCUAUGACAAGGAGUCCAUGGCCAUCAUCCACCUGAACAACACUACAGUCAUGUACCUGAAGGAGGUCACCAAAUUCCUCGCCAUGGUCUGCUUUGUCCGCAAGGAAAGCUUUGAGAGAAAAGGACUGAUUGACUACAAUUUUCACUGUUUCAAGAAAGCCAUCCAGGAGGUUUUCGAUGUCCGGGUAAAGGUCCAACAGAAUCGUAAACUUCUCAGUCAGAGGAGGUGGAGCAAACUGACCAUGACCAAUGGAGCGCUCAGCAACCCCCACUGAGGACUGAUGACGUCACAUCAAAGAGCCAAAUGUCCCUGCACUGCACCCUGACAAACCCAGGAGACUCCGUCCUCAUUCACAAAAACAGAUUUUUGUCUUGUGGCUGGGAAUAAGUCAGUUUGUUCAGUCCACACUGUCUCCAACAUCCAUCGUCUCUGUCCUCAGAAGCAGUCGACUGCAGCAGCAGGGAGAACAAACUGUCCUGUUCAGGCUGAUUAAGCAGUAAGAACAACAUAUAAACAGCAGAUUUGUGUGAUUUAAAUGGCUUCUUGUAGACUUGACAAAACACACCACAAUUCAUAGAGUGCAUAAAAACUGCACACUUCCUGUAAUGACACUUGUGACACUCUGAAUGUUUUAUUCAAUUGUCUUUGACAGUCGAGUGGCAGAUGCGAAAAACGCUUUGUGUACUUCAGUGAAGAUACUCACAACAAGAUUUUAACCAUUGAUUGAAACAGUAUUUAUUUUGUUUGGUGGUGUUUAACCUGCUCAUGUGACAAAUCUGAGCAAGCUUGAGCUAACAAUCCC